AAAGAUCCGGGAUUUGCCCCAAUUCGUGAGACAUUAGGUUUUGUUCUUUCACCAAUUCAUUAUCUUUAUAAUCACUCUGUUCAAUUCAACCUUCUCCUCCACCAAUUACCGCCAUGGAUUUCAAGAUUCCGAUCCUCCUCAUCAUAGCUAUGUCAUGCUUUCCCUUUGGGUUCACUUCAUCAUCGCCGCCGGUUUGCAAUCAUGAAUUCGAGCUGUUCCGGUUCGAUUUCUACUCCAAAUGCUCUGCUUCUAUGUAUCCAACGCCUCCUAUUGAGGUAGAUGGAGAUUCACUUGAUAGGUUAAUGGCUUUGAACCAUGAUGGAGAUGCUUUGAUGUCAGUGCUCUUUUAUGCUUCCUGGUGCCCCUUCUCACGUGCUAUGCGCCUUAAGUUUGAUAUGUUGAGUUCCAUGUUCCCUCAGAUACAACAUCUAGCCGUGGAGCAUUCUCAAGCACUACCAUCUGUCUUUUCAAGGUAUGGUAUCCAUAGCCUACCUUCAAUCCUGAUGGCUAAUCAAACUUCAAAGUCACGAUACCAUGGUCCAAAAAAUCUUACAUCCCUGAUUGAGUUUUAUGAGGAAUCAACAGGUCUCAAACCUGUUCAGUAUGUGUCUGAACCGGAACCAUCAACCAGCUUAGACCUUACAGAUGGUAACCUGAUCACAUGGUUACGCAAAGGGACAUCUGUUAGUGAAAUAUUCAAACAAGAUCCAUUCCUGGUGCUGUCUCUACUGUUUGUCUGUUUACAAAUGGCAAUCCUCGUCUUCCCCAUGGCAGAGCCGCGUUUGAAAGCGUUGUGGGCUUCUUAUGUUUCCAAUCUGAAUCUAGAAAGAUUUGGAGAGGUAAGCCAAGUGUUCAGGCGUGCUCUUCACGUGGUAGAUGUGAGGAGGCUGUGGUUGAAACUAACACUCAUCAAAACAAGGAGCUUCCAUGAAAGAGCAAAGAAUGCUCAAGCAUGGGCUUCAUCGCUAGCAUCUGUCUCUCUAGGCCAAACUUCAUCAAGCUAGUCGUUGAUCCCUAAGGCUUUGAGUGUGUUCGAGUUCCCUCUAAUGAAAAGUUUUUUUUCUGACUUUUGAGUUAAUUUGUCUGCAUGAAAGCAUGUAUAUCCAGGAACAGCUUUGUUUAUGUUUUGUGAAUAUUAUUAUCUUUCUCUCUUUUUGGUUUUAUAAAAAGUUGAGAUGUCUGUUUUUAUGCCUCAUUUCUUUUAUUGAAUAAUUUGACUGAGUUGGUUAAAAUUUGUCUGAAUGUUCAGGAAACUUAGUAUUGUAAUGUUUUUGUAUAGCUUUUGACAGUUUUC